CAUUUCUGGGGACCUGUGGCAAACUGGGGAAUUCCAAUUGCUGCUAUCUCAGACUGGAAGAAGGACCCUGACCUGAUUUCGGGAAAGAUGACCCUGGCCCUUUGUCUGUAUUCUGGACUUUUUAUGCGAUUUGCUCUCGCAGUUCAGCCCAGAAAUUAUCUUUUGUUUGGUUGCCAUUUUACAAACGAAAUAGCUCAGCUUGUUCAAGGAUACCGCUACAUCAAUUAUCACAAGUAA